GCAAACCGAAAAUUUUUACGCACAUCGAAGCACUGUUGUCAAACGUACCUUACAAGCUUGUACGUUCGCAGUAAUAAGCAGUCUUCAUAACCCAUGUCGAGCAAUCUCCAAACAUGAAAACACCAGUGUACGAGACCUCUCAAGACGAUGCAGACCGUGGAGUACGAUAGUAAUGUCGGCAACUCACCCACAGUGUCACAAAGGUCACUGCCGUAUCACGUUUUGCAAGAGCAAGCAAAGCGACCAAUGCUCCAGCGUGCUAAAACCGACGAAGGUUCGCCAUACGAGCGCAAACCAGUCGAGCAGGAGAAGUUCGACCCAUCGGCACAACACUUCAGACUCAUGUUCUGGGGUCCAGGACCGUCUAACCGAUACAUGAGUGGUUCAGGUCACCUCGGUGGCGUCACCCACAACGGGUCGUCUCAGCAGCAAUCUCAGGAGAGUUCACCGCAGACAGAUGGUUCUGCGCCUGUGGGUCCUCCAGCAGCCAGCUCUCCGUCAGUCUGGAGGAGUAAUGAAGCAGAGGACGUGGCGGCGACACAAAGCGAUGAUGCUCGAGAGAAACGUACCGUACAACGACCUAACCACAGGCACUUUACCCAGUGCAUAUCAAGACAUCGGCCAGCCAAUGAGAGGGAGCUUCAAAUCAUCAGCAACAGGCGAAAUAGUGAGCUCUCGCCUGACGUCUGCGAAAGCCUUGUCGACUACGUCCGCCGGAUGUGCAAGCUUACAUCUUUCCAAAGCCUUGGCCCCAUGACGGUAGACGAUAUGCGCUCUCGGUGGUACAGACUUGAGGGCUGUCUCCGGCCCUGCCACGGUGAAUCUCCUGACGACUACAUCUCGAGGAUGAAGACAUAUAGUGAAGCGAUCGCGGCAGCCGAAAUCGCAGUAAACAUCCCCCUGCAGUCUAUUCAGGACUCUCAUCAGCGGUACAAGCUCUACGAAGGAAACCUCCGACCUUUUGCCGGGGAGAGUCUGAAGGAGUACGUUCGUCGAAAGCUUGAACCUUUGAAAAGACAAGAUGAGUUGGAUGUCGGAACGGUCGAUGCCACACUCGCGGAUGCUCAAGAGCGAUGGUGGGCCUAUGAGCAGCGUGGCGGGAUGCCGCCGGCGGAGAAGCCUUGCAAGUAUUAGAUGUAACCUGCAAAUCGAUACAUUGGUGCAAGUUAGAGUCACUCCAUCAUCCCCAGGCGCUCCGAAUGCGGCCGGCCGUCACUGCUUCUUGGGCAUCGUGGAAGAUUGCCCAGUGAACAGCAGGGCAGUCGUCAUAUACAUACGCCUUCAGCAU